GUUCGAUCAUUUUUCUCUCCUAUCGAUUGAUUAAUUCACUUUUUUUUUUGCGCUUUUCAUGAAUCCUUGGCGGUUUUUCGUGAGAAAAUCGAGUACAUUUGUCACUUCCCCGAUUUUUUAUGCGAAUGCAGAGCCCCACAUCGGCCAUGCCUACACUGCUGUGCUCUGUGACGUGGCACAUCGAUGGAAUCGUCUGAAACACCCCGGAGCUCAGGCACAAUUCUCGAUUGGAACCGAUGAGCACGGUAGUAAGAUUUUCCAAGCAGCUCUGGCGGCAAAAUCGACUCCAAAACAGUUUUGUGAUCGGGUUUCUUCUAAAUUUUCGGAUCUUUUCACCGAUUUGGAACUCUCGCACACGAACUUCAUCCGUACAACGGAUCCGGCUCACUUGGAAGCUGUUCAGCACUUUUGGAUGAAGAUUCAGGACAACGGAUAUAUCUAUAAAAGCACAUAUUCCGGAUAUUAUAGUAUUACGGAUGAAUGUUUCAUUCCAGAAGAGGAUGUGGUGAAGAAAAUCGUUGAAGGAGGCGCUGAGAAGCUGACUCUAAAAUCAAAUGGAACCCCUGUUGAGUGGAUCGAAGAGGAAAAUUACAUGUUCCGAUUGUCAGAAUUCCGAGAAAAAGUGGCUGAAUGGAUUAACCGGGAGAAUAUUGUUGUCCAUCCGUCGAAAUACAAGUCAUUGGCCUUGACAAGUCUGGAAAUGAGCGAAGAUUUGUCGAUUUCAAGGUCGAGAAGUCGUCUUUCAUGGGGAAUUCCUGUCCCAAAUGAUCCGACGCAGACGAUUUACGUGUGGCUGGACGCGCUGGUGAAUUAUCUGACGGUUACCGGAUUUCCAAAUGCGCAAUCUGUGUGGCCACCGACGUGUCAGGUCAUUGGAAAGGAUAUUACAAAAUUUCAUCUCUACUACUGGCCGGCAUUUCUGAUGGCCGCGGGACUUUCUCUUCCACAAAAAGUUUUUAUUCAUGGACAUUGGCUGAUUGACAAUGUGAAAAUGUCAAAAAGUCUUGGAAAUGUAGUAAAUCCGAGUGAAGCAAUCACCAAAUUCACUGCUGAAGGCCUACGAUAUUUUCUUUUGAAACACGGAAAUCCCAGCUAUGAUUGCAGUUUCAAUUGGAAUAGCUGUCUACAGACUAUAAAUAGUGAUUUGGUGAAUAAUGUCGGAAAUCUAUUGAAUAGGAGUACUGUAGAGAAGAUUAAUAAGGAAGGAAUGUAUCCAAAAAUGGAAAUUGAAGAUAUUGAAGCGGAAAUUCGAGAAAAUGCGAAGAAAUUGAUGGAAAUGGUCGAGGAGAGCAGAGAAAACUGCGUGGAUCUAUACGAUGAGAUGUCAUAUUUCAAAAUAAUCGAAAAUCUAAUGUUAACAAUGAAAGAAGCGAAUCGAUUAUUUCAAUCAAGUCAACCAUGGAAGGAAAUUGAUGAAAAACGGCUGAAAAGUCUACUUUUUGUCACUUAUGACACAAUUCGCGUUGUCACAAUACUCUUACAGCCUAUCACACCGAAAAUGGCCGAAUUUUGUUUGAAUAGACUUGGAGUGCCGAAAAACGAGAGAAAUCUGGAAAAUUCCCGAUUUGGAAGCUAUUCUGGAGGAAAAUUGGGUGCCGAGCGAGGAGUUUUCAUUGAUAGAAUUCAGAAAUAAUUAUUUUUUAGAUUUUUCAAUUUUUGUUCAUUUUUUGUUGAUUUUUACUUUAAAAAAUUCGGGUUUUUUCC